AUAUCAAGGGGUGAAUUGAAAACUUUUAUUAAAAGUUCUAAAAAGCAAGUUUUGAACUUUUGCAGAGCUGCGAUCCCAAGAUAAUAUUCAAAAUGAAAAAGAUUGAAUGCUUAACGAAUCCCAAGUUUGUUUCGACAUCGUUAUGCGUUUUGAAAGCGAUAAAUUGGAAUAAGGCAAUCGCUCAAAUGGAUUGUGAGAUUAUUCAACCCGUACGCAAUAUGACUGUUCGAGUCAGGGUUUACAAACAGGACUAUAACAAUCAAUAUCAGCCCUUUCUAAUCGAUGUUAUAUUGAAUAUGUGUAACGUGCUCUCGAAAAGGAACUUUUCGCCUUAUGGCGUAAUAAUUCGAAAGCUAUGUGAACGAUUUACGAAUUUUAAUCACUCUUGCCCCUUCAUAGGCCACAUUAUGGCCCGCAAUUUGUACAUCGAUGAGAGCCUAUUGCCGACAUUCCCAUUGGGUAUCUAUCAAUUUUCAGUUUUCAUAAUGGAAAAUCAUGUCAACGGCUUCGACUACAUUGGGGAAAUCAAGAUUUUUGUUCAUGCCAUGGAGAUGGUUAAAUUGAAUAGAAGAAAAACUACGAAAAACAUUAACGUAAGUUUAAAUCAGCCUCCAAAGUAAAAUGAGUUUUGCUAACCCAAUUUCAAUCAUGAGUUCCUGAGCUCUGUCGAUUUUUGAAAAAAAGAAAUGCAUAAAUGUCUUGUCUAAUUGGUUUCUAAUACGUUUCACAGCAACGUCUAUCGCUAUCGCCUUUCUUUGCAGUUCUCAUAAUAUUAUUUACUUAAGUGAACCUAUACCAGUUUGUAAAAAGUAAAUCAACAUAUAUAUACAGUCGAGUCUCGAUAACCCCGUAAAACGAAAAUCGCGAUAAGCCAAUAAUAAUUCU